AUGACCACGCCACGUAGAAGGAUCGAGACUGACGUAAUGAAACUUCUCAUGAGUGAUUAUGAAGUUUCCCUUGUUAAUGAUAACAUGCAAGAAUUUUACGUUCGGUUUCAUGGACCUGAAGACACACCUUUCACGGGUGGUGUUUGGAAAGUUCACGUUGAACUCCCUGAUCAAUAUCCAUACAAAUCACCGUCGAUUGGUUUCAUGAACAAAAUUUUUCAUCCCAAUAUUGAUGAGCUUAGUGGUUCUGUUUGUCUCGAUGUAAUUAAUCAAACCUGGAGUCCAAUGUUUGAUAUGAUUAAUAUCUUUGAGGUAUUCCUUCCUCAACUUUUAAGAUAUCCAAAUCCCACAGAUCCACUUAAUGGUGAAGCUGCCGCAUUGUUAAUGAGAGAACCACAUACAUAUGAAGGAAGAGUCAAAGAAUAUGUCAGCAGAUUCGCUACGAAAGAAGCAGCUGAUGCAGCAACAGACGAAGAUUCCUCGAGCGAUGAAGCAAAAUUUCUUCAAGAAAAUGAAAUUGAUCCUAAUAUAUAUACAGUUAAAAAAAUGAUACGAUAUGUUCGAAUAAAUACACAAUAUUAUCAUAAAUUUGAAGAAUUUUCACCACCAACACAACAAGAAUUAGAAACUCAGAUUGGGACAAAAUUAUGGAAAAUUUAUGGAAUUGAUCUAAGUUCGGGAAUAGCAGUGAAGUCACUUGAUAUACAACCCAAUGAUCAUAUAUUGGAUUUAUGUUGUGCUCCAGGUGCAAAAUUAUGUAUGAUAUCAGAUUUAUUAGGUAUCAAUGGAUAUGGUACAAUUACUGGAGUAGAUAUUUCUCGUACUCGAAUUUCUACUUGUAAAAAUAUAAUAAAGAAAUAUAAAAUAAGUCGAGCGAGAUUAUUUAUUGCAGAUGGAACAAUUUUUAAUAUAUUUGCUCCAUCUUUUUUGGAUCCAAUAAUUAAACAAGUUAUGGCACAACAAAGGGAGAAAUCAGUGAAACCGUUUUGGGCGCCAAAAAUAUUAAGAACCGAUCCACAAAUAAAAGAUUUUCGAUAUUUAUAUGAUAAAGUAAUUGUGGAUGCAGAAUGUACACAUGAUGGAUCUAUUUCACAUAUUCUAAAAUAUGAAAAAUGUGGAUGGGAUAAAUUUGAAAAAAACUUUUUGAAUCCCGAGCGUUUAAAUAAUCUUGAGGAUUUACAGCGAAAUCUAUUAAACAAUGGUUGGUCAUUAUUAAAACCUGGAGGAAUAUUAAUCUAUAGUACGUGCAGUUUAUCACGUAAACAAAAUGAAGAUGUAAUUGAAUGGUUUUUACUUAAUCAUAAAGAUGAAGCCAAAUUAGAAAUAAUUCCUGAUAUUGAAAAUUUUAAUUUGGCUCCGAAAAUUAUUAAUAGUAAUCAAGAUUUAUUAUCAAAUGUUAAUUCAUUUCUAUAUGGUGAUGGUUAUGAAAGUGCACUUGACAAUCUGAAUACCGUUCUAGGUCAAGUUGUUGAUGACUAUCAUGUUCGACGUUGGCCACCACUCGAUCUUGAUGAACUAUUUGAUGAAGCAAACGAAGAUUAUGUUAAACAAUUUUUGGCAUACCAUCAUUCAAGAAGAGCAGGAGGCCGAGCUGUUGUUUACCACAGCACAGGAAAUUGGAUCCCAAUCGAUGAAGAUGAUGGAGAUUUCCAACCCAAUGUGUCUACUCAUCAAAAGAGGAAAACCUCAAAAAAAAAUGAAGAGCCUGUUGUUUCUAAGAAGACCAAAACAGGAGAAAACGUUGAUGGUUAUGACCUAUAUAUACCAUUGGUGGAAAUCGGAACAGGAGUUACAAGGUCUAGUGAUGUUAUUAAUCCAAUGCAUGAUGGACCAUGUACCCCGCCUCAUCAAAUUCGCUCUGCAUCCAUGGAUCAAGACUUACUUGAACGAUUAAGAGAAGAGAAACAGCGAACGGAAUCCACAUAUGACCCAAUCUGUUCGAACAUAAUCGACACAACAGACUUGCCUUUAAUGAAAAGAUUGAAAAUCAAACGUGAUUAUACAUUGGUUUCUGUCACUAAUGGGACCAUGAAAUAUAUUUAUGAAUUAAUUGACAAUUCUGUUAAUCGUGAAGUAUUCCGUAACAAACUUCAGCUUCCAUUUGUUCCGCCGGGUGAAACAUAUUCAUUUAGAAAACACUAUGAAUUACAUUGGGUUCAUCGUCAUUGUUUUUUUGAAGCUUCGCGAAAUCCACUCUUGGAUAAAAAUUCGGAAGGUUGGCUGAAUUGCCAUAUCUUGGCUCCUUUAAUUGAUGAAUGCUUUUUAGCAUGUGAAGAAAUUCAAGUUCAUCGAGGUGAAGAGAUAUCAUUGGCAUCUAUUGAGCAAACAUACACAGAUGAAGAUCAACAAAACUCAAAACCGAUUUCCUAUAAAAAAAAGUUAUUUCGUGAAAUGAAGGAUCAACUAGAUCGUCUCCUGAAGAAUUUGAAAUUUACAGAGGAAACAAUUAAAGAAGUAAAGAAGAUUGUUUCACACGGAAUGGCUCACGGAGGUCUUAGUGGGGAGACGUAUGUCAUGUACUAUGAUAUUGACAUUAAAUAUUAUUUCGUGUUCAAGACAUGUCAAUAUCGAAUUGGAACGACAUGGGGAAACGUUCCAGAAAGUCUUAUAGCCUUAAAAGAUGUAUUAUGUCUGAAGAAUAGUAUAACAACUGUACUUGAUGUUAUUGCGAAAGUGAAAAGCGUUGCGUUUCGUUCAAACGCUGAAGAGUCAUUUACUAUUGACAAUCUUCCAAAGACGACACUGUCUCCAAAAAAAAAAUCCCAAGCCUCAAAAAAGUAG